AGAGGCAGGCAGAACUUCUGGUUUCAAACUGAAACAGGAAUUUUGUUAGUCAACAUGACCGGAAGAGCAAUUUGUCUUUGGCUGGUUAUUUCAGGUGUUCUGCUGCAAGCAGAGGACAACAUGGAGGGACAUGUAAUCACUUCAGAGAAACCUGUCCGUCAGUCCAGGUCUCUUUGCGAUGGAGAACAGCAAUAUGUAAACGUCAGGAAACAGGCAGUUCAGCAGGCACUCAACAGUCUGGAAAUCAACUGUACUCUGGAUUCAGUUCCCCACAUCACCUUGUUAGCCUCUGGUGGGGGUCAGAGGGCAGCUGUGGGUCUGGUGGGUUCCCUGUAUCAGAUGGAGAAGGAAGGUCUGCUGGACACUCUGCUCUACAUGGGAGGAGUUUCAGGGUCAACAUGGUCCAUGGCCUCCUUGUACAGUGACCCUCAGUGGAGCUCCAACAUGGACGAAGCCGUGGCCAGGCUGUCUGGCCCUGGGGUGGAGCUGGAGCAGGCUCUGGCAUGGUUGGGCGAGAGAGCAAAAGAGGAGCACUUCUCCCUCACCGAUGUCUGGGGGGUCUUCACCUCUGCUGGCAUCAUGAAACAGAUGGAUCGUCGACAUCUUUCAGAUGAAGCCAGUAGGAAUGCCACCAAUCCGUAUCCCAUCUAUUGUGCCAUAGAGAAGCUCUGCUACGCAGAUGGGCCUUUACACGGGAAAUGGUUUGAGGUGAGCCCUCAUGAGGCAGGAUUCACAGACUUGGGAGUCUUUGUGGAAACUUCCCUCUUGGGAAGCAAAUUCCAGAAUGGAGAGUUGCUGGAGAAAAAGCAAGAGAUGGAUAUGAUCAAACUACAAGGUGUUUUAGGCUGUGCCCUGGCUCAUGGGGAGAUGGUCAGAGAGUUCAUCCCUCCUUGGCUGAAUGUGCCUGAACACGUAGAUAACAAUGCCCAGGAGUAUCUUCGUGUAUACAAUGCCCUUAAUAAUCUGAUCACCUUGAUCAAAAGCACCAUUGAGGAUCCCGCUGCCCUAUCUGACCUGGACACGCUGCAAAAAUUACUAGAAGACAAGAUCAAUUCUAAUGAGACUGUGCUGCUGGAGUCAAAGAGCCCAGAGGAAAAAAAAGAUAUUUUCCAGCAGUGGAGCCUAGAUCUGCUGAAGGCAGUUGAGAUCUGGAGCCAAAGCCUGGAGGAUGGAGCUUUCAAAACACAUGUUUCUCUUCUUACCAAGCAAAUCCUUCCUCUCGUCGUGAAAUGGGAGUGGGGAACAACCAACAAUUUCCUCUACCAGUAUCAGGAUUCCUCUAUUCCAGCUUGCCUCAGCUCUAAAGAACGAUUUCACCUGGUCGAUGCUGGGCUGCUGAUCAACGUUGCCUACCCAUCAUUUCUGGGGGACAAAAGAGACAUUGACCUCAUCAUUGCACCAGAGUACAGUGCUGGGAACAUGUUUGAGACUCUGACUCUUACAAGAAACUAUGCAGCUGAUGUGAAGAAGCCUUUUCCAGAGAUCGAUGAAAAGAUCCUGGAGGACAAAGACUGGCCAAAGGACUGCUAUGUGUUAGAGGGAAAAGACAAGGAGCCAACGAUCAUCUACAUGCCGCUCUUCAACAGACAGAACUGCAAAGAUCCGGAGGAGUUCAAAGCAAAGAUGGAGGAGUUCUCCACCUUCCAGCGUCCCUUCAACAAGGAGAAGAUUGACUUUGUGCUGGAAACGGCAAAAGUUAACUUGAAGAACAACAGGGACACUUUGCUGAGGGAGAUAAACAAGGCUGCUGUCCGACGGCAGAGCAGGAGGAUGUCUGCUGAGUCAACUGUUUGAUUUUUGUCUUUUUUGAAUGACAUAAACUAAAAUCAGCGGUUUCAUGUUGAUUUCAAUGCUUCAGUGGUUCUUACGUUGCUAUUGAAGGAGUCAAGUAAGCAGAAUUAUAUCAUUCUACUUCAACCAUUCUUUGUAACGCAUUCAUAAUCACGUUUGCAGAAAUUAAACUUUGCUUGUUCUGGGACUUAUACUAUAAAUAAAUGUGUGACAUAUUA